CGCGGGCAGGGAAGGAGCCUGGCACCGUUGGCAUCUGCGCCCCGAGUUGGAGAAGAAGCCGGGGAGCUGGUGGCCACCUUCUGGGCUGCUUUCUUCCUGGUCUUCAAAAGGGCAGAAAUGCCUGAAGGGGCGGACUCGGCACCGGGCCCAAGCUGGGAAGUUGUCAACAGCAAAGAAGACGGAAGACCCGGGCUCAGCCACUGUAUUGCGGAGUCAUGGAUGAACUUCAGCAUGUUUCUUCAAGAAAUGUCUCUUUUUAAACAGCAGAGCCCUGGCAAGUUUUGUCUCCUGGUCUGCAGUGUGUGCACAUUUUUUACCAUCUUGGGCAGUUACGUCCCAGGGGUUAUACUCAGCUACCUGUUAUUACUGUUUGCCUUUCUCUGCCCACUGUUUAAGUGUAAUGACAUCGGACAGAAAGUCUGCAGCAAAAUCAAGUCCGCUGUGCUGAAACUAGAUUUUGGAAUCGGAGACUAUAUUAAUCAGAAGAAACGUGAGCGAUCUGAAGCAGCUAAAGAAAAAAGUCAUAGCGAUGACAGCGAAUUAGACAUUUCAGCUCUUUGUCCUAAGAUUAGCCUCACAGUUGCUGCCAAAGAGUUGUCUGUGUCGGACACGGACGUUUCCGAGGUCUCCUGGACGGACAACGGAACUUUCAAGCUCUCGGAGGGACACACUCCUGAGACUGAUACUUCGGAUGACCUUGACCGGCCAGGCGAGGACGUUUUCGCGGGAGACCUUGCCGAUUUUCCUGCUCUAGAGCACAGCCCAGGAGCCCAGGAUGAAGACGAGUUUGGCUUUGGCUUGGCCCAGGGGCUCCGGUGCAGGAAGGCGCGCUCGGACAGAGGCCCUCCCGGCGGGGAGAGGCCAGCGGGGGCGGCUCCCGCCAGUGACCCCGACGUCCAGCUGAUGAAAAGCCUGGCCGGGAACGUCAUCACUGCCGCCGUGAAGGCCGCCCUCCAGGAGCAGCUGGAGGGGGCGCCCCAGGCGCUGCUCCAGGCGCUGCCCGGCGCGGGCGAGGACACAGACCCCGAGGAGGCCGACGACUUCGAACUCCUGGACCAGUCGGAGCUGGAGCAGAUGGAGAGCGAGCUGGGACUCUCCUCGGACCCGGACCCCGAGACCGGGAGCAAGCCCGGCUUCUUCUCGCAGCUGCUGGGAGGCGGCCACUAGCCCAGAGCCCCGCCCACGGGGCCGCCCCAGGGACUACCAAAAAAAUCCAAACAAGCAAAAAAAAAAAAAGAAAAAAAAGGGAAAAAAAAAGAACUGUGAGCUUUACUGAUUACUUUAGAUUGGGGUUCCUUUUCCCCCUUCUGCAGUGAAUUAAUUGGAUAUGUAGCAGAUGAUCCAAAUCGGUUAUUUCUUCUUUUUUCUUUUCUUUCUUUCUUUCUUUCUUUUUUUUUUUUUUUUGUGGUGCUGGGGAUCCAAUCCAGGGCCUCACACAUGCAAGGUGAUGCGUUUUGCCACCGAGGGACACACCCGGGCCCCCCCUUGUAGUUUUUUAUGUCACUAGCAUGGAAAUGUACUUCUUCAAUGUAUGUAUAAGUGUAUAUGUUUACAGACAUAUACAUAUACUAUGUUUUCAAAGGUUAAUAUUGGGAGUUGUUUUAAAAACAAACAAACAAACAAACAAACAGAAAACAACAAACGGGAGACCCACCUGUAGUUCUUCCUUUUUUUUUUUGGUUCUAAAAUUAAUUUCUUUUUUUUUUUUCUUUUUGGGUCACACCUGGCGAUGCACAGGGAUUAUUCCUGGUUCAUGCAGUCAGGAAUUACUCCUGGCGGUGCUCGGGGGACCAUAUGGGAUGCUGGGAAUCGAACCCGGGUCGGCCGCUUGCAAGGCAAACGCCCUACCCGCUGUGCUAUCACGCUAGCCCCUAAAAUUAAUUUCCCAAGCAUGCAAACUCAUGGUAAGUCACUGAAAUAUUAAUUAAGAAUACAGGUGGAACCAGCUCCAAAUAUGUCCUUCAUACUUGGAAACAGCUAAAAUUUGGGGGUUAAUUUUAAUGUAAAAAGACAAAAAAAAACCCCAAAAAUAUUCAGGGGUCUUUAGUGGACGGACUUGGAAGAUACUUGCAAAACUAAUCCCUUGGGAAAACUUCUGGAAUAUAAGUCACUCCUUGUCCUGGGUGCAUUGUCCCCUACCAUGAGUUUCCUUGUUCUCUCCUUGUUCUCGACUGGGUCAGCAUCCCCACUGACCUCUGGGCCCGCCUCUUGCAGUACGGUACCAACUUCUUAAAAAACAGGCCCUUAGAUCACUUAAGAUGCCGGUUGGCAUAUCAGCCACGGCUGAGCUGUGUGUGUUGUGUAGUUGUUGACCAUUUGUAAGAGAGGGACCCCGGGGAACCAGGUCUAUCUCACCUACUCAGGACACGGCCGAACACUCGUCUUCCAUGCUAUGUCAUGGGAAAAAGUCUCUUGAAACCAUAAAACGAGUUCUGCUCGGUCUGGGAGUAAUACAUCAGCAGGAGAGAAGCAAUAGCUACUUUUUUUAUAGCCUGUGGCUUCCUGGAGGAGACAUCGCUUGGCUUUAAUAUGUGUCUUCAUUCAUCAUUGGAAUCUCUUUUCUUCUUGGGAGGCUGGAACAGAUUUUCCCUGAUCUGAAGCUUUUUGAGGUCCCCUUGAGGUGACCCAGCUGGAGGCGGGGGGCGGAGCUCAUGGGUACGAGAUAACACUCGCUUUGCAUGUUCCUGAGUCUGGUCCCCCGAACCACGCAAAUCCAACCAAUGAAACAGACAAAUUAAACUUUUUUUUUUUUUUUUUAACAAAGGACUAAAGGGUAGCGAUCACGUGGGUUUUAUUUCUGUGAUACAAAUGUCCAGGAGUGUUGAGGGACCACGUCAGCAGUGAUCAGCCUCCUCUUGAAUUUUCCGUGGCCUGCAGAGAGGAAGAAUCACCCGAGAAUAGAGGAUGUCUGGCCCUCCACCCCGCGUUGCCUCACGUUUCUUAAGACUCCUAGGCAAUCUGACAUUUUAAUGUAGCGUCUCUUAUUUAUUUUUUUUCUUUCUGAGGUACUAAAUAUCUAGACUGAAUUUUGCCAAAUGCUACGGGGAGGCUAGUUCCCGAAGACUCCCCAUCCUUGCUUUUGUGACGGACUCUGUUCCCUGCCCUCCCUGCCUCCUGGCUCUGUGUGAUGCCCUCUAUUGCUACAAAGUGAGCGUGUGCCUUCGUUCUCUUGCCCGUUUUGGUACAAGUGAAAAUCUGGUGCGAGAGCUACAAACCAUGUGGAGUUUGGAGGAAUCUGCCCGAAUUCUAGUCAAUAAGAAUUUCUGGACCUGAAGAAAAAUACAGUCACAUUUAUAUAAAAUAGUUGUUCCCUGGACUCUUUUCUUUCUUUUUUUUUUUUUUUGCAUGUAUGUUUCUUUGUUUAAAAAGUAUCUUUGGGGCCUGGGGAGAUAGCUCAAAGGGCUGGAGCUUAUCCUUUGCUUGCAGAAUAUUCAGGACUCAUCCCUGCCACCAACGUCUCUUCCCCAACACUGCCAGGGGUGGCCCCAAAUCCAAAGAAUAAAAUACCGCAUAAAAAAAAAAGUAUCCUCGGUCGUCAAACCACAAGAUGUAAAGAUUAUUUCAAUUUAUUCAUCAUGGGGGAAAAAGCUAAGUAAAAUAGCCUGGGUAUUUACAUAAGGUACACAUGUCAUGGGAUGCGCUUAUAAGAAGAUAAAUUUAAAGGCUGAUCAUAUGAACAAUAAAACUAGAAUCAACUACAAAUUCAAAGUGUUCUGUGGGGGCUGGGGAUGGUAGCGCUUUGCAUGGGUGAGGCACUGGGUUUGACCCUUAGUACUAAAAUAAAAGGGUGUGUGUGUGUGUGUGUGUGUGUUUGUGCUCAUGUGUGUGCGUGCGUGUGUAAGUGGUUGGUAAUCAGACAAAGUACCAGCACCAUGAAUGGGACAUGCCAGCUCUCUUGACAAGAAGCUUUAUAAUAAGUUAUAUAACUUAAAUAUUAUUCAAGACUAUCUGUGAUUCUAAUGCAACAGUGGUUAUUCAUUCAAACAGAUGCUGACAUUUGUGUGAAUUUUACUCAGGAGGGAGGUGGUAUAUAUCAUGUUUCUGUUUGUGAGAAAAGUAAUAAUAAAUGUUUGGACUCAU